UGGCAGUCUACAUCUAGUUGUGGCGACGCACGCACACUCACAUGUUCGUCAGUAGAGCUUUUGACUCCAGGAGCAGCGUGAUUAGCGAACAAUAAGAGAAAAAAACACACACGCACACAGAGCCACUUUAUGAGCUAUACUGAAUACGAGAAUCAUUGCUGUCCUGAAGAGACGAAAAGAAAAUUGAAGUUUUUACUGUUAAGUGCUGUAUUUACCGUAUUUCUGUGAGCGUGGCGCAGCGCCCGAUGGUAUCUUGCCACAGAGCGCUGUGAGGCCCACGGAGACUGUGUGUGUGUGUGUGUGUGUGUGUGUGUGUGUGUGUGUGUGUGUGUGUGUGUGUGUCCGCGCGCAACGUCUUCACUUGCUUGUAUAACGUGUAUACAACUCAACGGAGGAAGUCCAGCAGAGGAAGGAGGAACCGCCUGACGGAGAAACAACUAGCUAUUCAGAAUGGAGGAAAUUGAUUCUUUGCCUGAGGAAGACGUGGUGCUUCCCUUCGCGGAGGUGACGCAGAUAUUUGUGGAUCGGGUGACUGACGCCCUUCAGCCUCCCGCCGAGCCCCAGAUGCAACCCAGGUUCUUCUUCGGUGGCUACGCAGGUUGCAAUGAUGCCUUCUCGGUGUUCGGGUUCCUGGCCUUCCUGCUGGCGCUGUUUGACCUCAUUAUGGAGCUGCAGAAUAACAUGAACAUGACCAGAUCGGUGAGGGAUGUCAGUGCCUGGGAGGGACGUGCCUCGGAGUUCCUCGCUGAACACUUGCUGCCCAUCAGCAGCCAGGAAAAUGGGGAGGAACCCCAGCAGGCGGCGGCGGCGUGCUACAGCAUGCUGCGAGGCUUUCUGCACGGCAUGACGACCACUGACGCCGUCUGCGCCGAGAAGUUUGUAUGUGAAGGAGCAGACGCGGCGGCAGCCACAGGUGCCUUCGGCCAGGUGAUCGCCAAAGUCGUCAGUCGGAACGCUGGCGGUUGGCUGGCGCGGGGGCGUGAGGCUCAGUACGAGGGCGUGAGCGAAGCGGGACUGGCCGGGGCGCGGGGCGAGUCCUGUGCCGAGAAGUACCCGGCGUGCCUGGAGUACCCGUCCUUCUACAGCCACCCCGGCAUGGACGACCCCUGGCCCGACGACUACUGAGACCAGUACCUCCACCCUGUCGACAGGACCUUCAGCUAUGGGUGCCUCCUCCACACCACCACAGCACCGCAGACUGAAACCCCACAGCCCUCAUGCUGGUCUAUUGUCGUAACUCUGUGACCUCAUGUCCCUCCAGUCUUACGGCCCAUCAAUGACCCGCCGAGUGUACCAAAUAAAAUCGUGGCGCCUCCAA